GCGGGGGGGAAGCCAAUGGCUAGGCGGGGGUGGUUCCGAGGGCCUAGGCGGGGGCUCGCAGGGGACUACGCCACGAGCGUCAGCACAUCAUUCACAGAAGAGCUUGGCAUCUUGCACAGCGAGCGAUAUGUCGAGCUGCUGAUGCUGCGCCUGGUCGCGGUGCAGGAUUAGGAAAGCCCAAAAUCUUCUUCGCGAGGCCGUGUCGCCGGGUCCAGAUUCUGUCGUCCGCAAACGCGAGCUCGGCCUCACCGCCCGGACACGCGCGCUCUCCUCCUCGUCCGCAAGUCCUAGAAUCCGAGUCCGAAAGCCACCACGACUCGUAGCCUUUUGUAGCGGUAGAUAAAAUGCUGUUCUCGCGCGCCCCGAGAUCCUCGACGCCACGUCUCGACAAAGCUCCGGUUCCGGCCAAAUCCCUUGCUCCUGUUCCUGCACAGGGCGACAGUUGAGAUCGAGUAGUGGAGGUGGGUUCGCCUCGUUGCUCGCUCACUCACUCACUCACUUCGACAACCCGCCCGUUUCGUUCGUCGUUCUCCUCCUCCUGCCUUCCCCGAUUUCUAUGGUCCUCGAUUUCAGGGCAUUUUUUUAAUCCCCUUCCGAGUUCCCAAAUAUAAAAUUGCCCAUCACACCACCCACCCCCCCAUCCUCCAUCACCCCCUCCAUAUAAACGAUUAUAAGGUCUACGUCUUUGGAGAGUAUUGUGAGCUCGGUGAGAAGACCUCGGCUCUCUUAACUUUUUAGGUCAUGGGCUGGAUUCCGUUAAUGCUGUCUACUCUUUCGUAGAGUGCACAUCAUGGAGAGUACUUUGGAGCCCUAGCAAGAAACUGUCAUUUGGAGACCACUUGUUGGUUAGAAAAGUCGCACCGGAGGAUUUAAAAGGACAUAGCUCGCAUGAAGAGGACAAGAGUGGGAAGAAAACAUAGAUCUGCUUUCCUGCGAAAUGAAUUUUAAAUAUGUGGGGGCUUCACGAAUAGACGAGGCAGGUUUCUUCCAGGGAUCAUGAGCUGUCGUGCUCCGUGGAGGAAACUACUACUUGAUCCCAUUCUGUGGAAAAUUGCCAAUGCACAACACAUCAGAGUCAGAGUUUCACAGGUCAAGGGGUGUUUUCUGGCUGCAAGCGAUGGCAAACGUCGGAAACUUUCAUCGCCCAAAUCAACACAAGUCACCGGCACUUUGGACAUGCAAUCUUUGUCCCAGCGCAUGGGGCAGAGCGGCGGGGGAUUCUCACAUCUCGUCCGCUUUUUUUGGAACCCGCCAUCGAAGGGCCAAGCUCUGAAAUUUCAUCACGAGAACAUUGAAUCAGACCUCUGGACAGGUCCCUGAGUAUGGAUGAACUAUGGACGGUAGCAGCUUCUGUCACAAAGAAUGCACGAGUAUGUGACAUGAGUGUCCUAUGGAAAGCUCGUUUGCAGCUUCUGCAUCGCGAGUUGUGGUCGGACGAUCAGCUCGGUUCUCCUUGAGAAAGGUUCAGACACAUUGCACGCGCUUGUUGUAAGUGUUUCCGAACACAGUGGAUCUCGUUUCUCUCGAGGAAUCCGAAGGCUGUCUUUGAACGAGCUAUUUAUUCACAGCGUGCAGAAAUCGAGAGUGCCUGAACGUGAUGGAAGAAGCUGCUGAAGUGCAACUCUGCAUAGACUGGAAGAAGAACACGGCGGCCAAGACUGGAAGUGGUGUAUCUUACAAAUUGAGCGGGGGCUUGACCAGAGCAGUAGGACCACUCAGAGCACUCACAGACAUAAUUAGACAGGAGUGAUGUACAUGGAGUUCUCUUGGAUGACAGGGAGCAUGAAAGCUCCACCUGGAAAGCAUGCUACCCGCACUGGAAACCCCGUGCGCUCAGAAAAGCGAGUAUUCUGACUUGCGGGAACUCUACAGAAUGAGGAGCUGAUCCUGUUGGAUGUUUUGUGUCAUGGAUUGAGCUUGCCCUGCCCUGUGAAUAUAGAAGCGUCAGGAGGUAGGGAAAUCAUUUCGAGGUUCCCGGGACGAUUAUUGUUAUUUUUCGCUGGUAGAGAGACCGUGAACGGGAAGAGGUUGAGGAUUCCCUGGUUUGAGGCUUAGCUCUGUACGAAAUGGGAUGGGGAGCAACACUUAUGAAAGUGGACGGCUUCUAGACUGGCUGCUCUGGUUUGUGGUCUGUACUCUGAGGACGAUACAUGUACAGGAAGAUACAUGUGCGUUUACACGCGACAGCUGAGUCGCUGUCGGUUUUCUCCAGGUGCAUAUGAGAAGUCAGCUAGAAGUUGAGCUGACCUUCGUUCCGGCAGGAUGAUGAGUUUGAGCUCCACUGAGAUUUCGGAUGCAGAAUAUCCUUCGGAAUGGGGAGAUUUACUUUAUCUUGACAUGGGUACGAGACAUCGAAUCGCAUCACCUCAAAAUCACCUCAGCCCAAGUUUAGGCCUUG